AUGGCUAAAAGAGCCCAAGAAGUAGAAAUCCGAAGACAAAUGUUAAAGCGUUUGAUUGAUAUAGUUUUAUUUAUUGGGAAACAGGGUAUACCAUAUCGUGGAAAGCAUGAAGCUGCUCAUUCAUUAACUGAUAAUAGUUUAAACCAUGGAAACUUUUUAGAACUUGUUAAACUUGUGGCAAAAUAUGAUACAAUUCUAGGACAACACGUAGAUAAAUCAGUUAUACUAAGUGACAAAAACAAAAACAAAAAAGGCCGAGGAUGUAUGGUAACUUUUUUAUCAAAACACUUUGUUAACGAAAAAUUGAUUAUGUCCAUAGGAGGAGCUAUUCAAAGAAAAAUUAUUAAAGAAAUUGUUGAAUGUAAGAAAUUUAGCAUAAUGAUUGAUAGUACUCAAGACGUGAGCACUAUGGACCAGCUUGCAAUUUGUGUUCGUUAUAUUUUUAAUGGAAUCGUACAAGAACGAUUACUAAGUUUAGUAAUUUGUAAAGAUUCUAGUGGUAUAGCGCUUUUUAAAUUGUUGGAAGAUAAUUUAAAACUUCAUGGACUAUUACUUGAAGAUAUUGUGGCAUGUUCUUUUGAUGGAGCAGCGAAUAUGAAGGGAACAUAUCAUGGUUUACAGGCAUAUCUAAAAAAAGUCAAUCCAGAUAUUAUAUAUAUACUCACUGUAUGGGUCAUGUUCUAA